CUUCCCACCUCAAACGGCGCCCUUCCUGAGGAAAAGGGUCGUACGUCCACCCACAAUCUCGAAUUCCUUUGCGCCCUCUCUUCUCGACACAUUCCACACUCUUUUCGAAUGCUACCAUCAUAUGCAUCCCCGACCGGUUCCAAGAUGAUGCCCCGACAUCAUUCCGCUGGAUAUUCCAAUGGCUACCCUCGAAGUAAUAAUAAUACUUUCGACAUCUCUCCUCAUAGAUUCCAACCGCGCGCUUCGACACCCGCAUCCCGCCGAAGGAGGAGUUUACUGACGCGACUGGGUAUACUUGCUGUUGUUAUAAUAUUGAUUUGGUUAUUCAUCUGGCCAGGAGGUACAACAUUUACCUCGAUAUUCUCAUUAGGCCUUAUGAGUGCAAGUAGCGACUCUUUGAUGGACACAGUACGCUAUUAUGAUCUUUCGAAUGUUCAGGGUACCGCUCGCGGAUGGGAAAGGGAGGAACGAAUCCUCAUGUGUAUGCCUUUACGAGACGCCGAAGCCCAUCUCAACAUGAUGUUUUCGCAUCUUCGCAACUUCACCUACCCCCAUCACCUUAUCGACCUCGCUUUCCUCGUUUCCGAUUCGAAAGACCGAACUUUGGAGAUCCUUGUAGAAAAGCUCGAAGAAUUGCAGGCUAGCGAGGACCCGAAGCAACCAUAUGGAGAAAUAUCUAUUAUCGAAAAGGAUUUUGGCCAGAAGGUCAACCAGGACGUUGAAAGUCGUCACGGAUUUGCCGCUCAGGCGAGUCGUCGAAAGCUGAUGGCCCAGGCACGAAAUUGGCUACUAAGUGCCACCCUUCGCCCGUAUCAUUCGUGGGUAUAUUGGAGGGAUGUUGACGUGGAGACCGCACCAUUCACCAUUUUGGAAGACCUGAUGCGCCAUAAUAAGGAUGUUAUUGUACCAAAUGUCUGGCGACCACUUCCUGAUUGGCUCGGAGGCGAGCAGCCGUAUGACUUGAACUCUUGGCAAGAAUCGGAUACCGCCUUAGCACUCGCCGAUACCCUUGAUGAAGAUGCUGUAAUUGUUGAGGGUUAUGCUGAGUAUGCUACUUGGCGACCUCAUCUAGCCUAUCUUCGGGACCCCUACGGUGACCCAGACAUGGAGAUGGAGAUCGACGGUGUUGGAGGUGUCAGUAUUCUGGCUAAGGCGAGGGUAUUCAGGUCGGGUGUACAUUUCCCGGCUUUCAGUUUUGAAAAGCAUGCUGAAACCGAAGGCUUUGGCAAGAUGGCGAAGCGUAUGCAAUUCUCUGUGGUUGGAUUGCCUCACUAUACAAUCUGGCAUUUGUAUGAGCCUAGUGUUGAUGAUAUCCGACAUAUGGAGGAAAUGGAAGCAGAGCGUCAAGCUAAAGAAGCCGAAGAGCAAGCAAAACUAGACCGAGAGAAGAAGGUUAAAGAAGAGUUUAGCGACACCAACGCGCAAUGGGAGGCAGACAAAUCUGAAAUACAAAACCUAGCUAAGGAAGCACAAAAAGAACAGAAGGCCGAGUCUAAGAAGAACUCGGGGUCCGAGAGCAAGGAAGAUUCGAGUCGAGACUCGAAAGCAGCCGCUAACAAGGUCGAAGAAAAGCCUAAGAACAACCAAUUCAGAGUAGCGGCCUAGAAAAC